AUGACCGGUGCUGCUGGCGCUAUUGGUGUUGGCGCUGCCGGUACGGCUGGCAGUUUUGUUGUCGUUGCUCUUGUCGUCGUUAUUGCGAUGUCAUACCGCCACCAGCAUCUUCAUCGUCACCAUCAUCGAACUGAGGGAAUCCUCUUGUCCACACAAAGCUCCACCCCGCGUCCUGUCCUCCUCCUGCGUCCCGCUAUACCUCAUCCCGUGGCUCGACCUCAUCUCCCUCCUCAGCCGUCAUUCCGCUACAUCAUUUGUUCAGUAAUUAUUUUCAUUGUUCUUGUUUAG